AUUGCACAUUGUUAUUAUUCCAAUGCAGGAUCUCUAUUAGAAGAUUUGGUUUAUCUAUGAUCAUUGUCACCUAUAACCAUGGUCUCAUCUUAGAAUUUGAUUCCAUCUUACUCUACUAUUUUAGUCUGUUCAAUUUGUUUGAUGGUAGGAAUGGGAUAAUUAGGUGCAGUGUAUAGAUUGUUACUGCUUGGAGUGGGACUUAAAAGCUGUUUUGGAUUGUAAGGAGAAUAGUCAAAAUGUUAGGGAAUUGAUGACAAAGGAACUGUCUUAGGAUGCGAUGGUUAGUAAUUUAAUUGACUAUUAUUUAAUGUCUACGGCACAUAACUUUAGUACUUUGGUUGAAUGUAAUUCAUGGUUGUGAUUGGAGUGUCAAGAGAGCUGCGAUCAGGAAUGAAGGGUUUAUCAUAGGUAAUUUAGGAGUUCGU